AUGGCCCUCCACCGCAUCCACGUCGCGGUCCUAGACACCGACGUGCCGUGUGCAUCAAUCUACAUCAAGCGAGGCCUCUACAGCUCCCAGUUCCGUGUCCUGCUUCAAGCGGCCGCAGAACGCAUCAACAAACAUGCCAAUAUCAAUCCUCAAGACGGCCCGCUAGCCGUACACGUCACGGCCUUUGACGUCGUAGGCGGCUCACUCCCACCCCUCAACGCUCUUCGCACAACCCCACGAACCUCAACCGAGUCUCACAUCGGGCCCUUCAGUGCCAUCGACGCAAUCAUCAUUACCGGAUCUGGCGCAUCGGCAUACGACCAGAUCCCCUGGAUUACCGAGCUUCAGUCCUUCAUCCAGACAGUUUACACAGACUACCCACUGGUGAAGCUAUUCGGCGCCUGCUUCGGCCACCAGCUCAUCGCGCAGGCACUACUCUCCACGCCUACCAGCCAUGUACCUCUCACAAACACGUUCAACGUGCAACCCGCACAGACGGGCUUCGAAGUGGGCAUCCACCCCAUCACCCUAGACCCCUCAUUCACCGCGCAAUUCCCAUCCCUCGCCCGCACAGCUUCCAAAGGCCCCCUUCGCCUCCAGUUAAUCCACGGCGACCAGGUCCUGCCCACCCCGCAAGCCGUCGCCGCAGCUACAUCUACCGGACAAACGUCCGUCUCGCUCCCGGCACCGUGGAUGAGUAUCGGCAAGAGCGCAGCUUGCCCUGUCCAGGGGUUGUAUAACCCUGGCCGGGUCCUGACGUAUCAGGCCCAUGUGGAGUUUGACACGUUUGUGACUGGCGAGUUGGCCCGUGAAUUUGGACGGCGCAUGGGUUGGUCGUUUGAUGUGGUUGCCGGGUACUUGGAUCGGAUUAAUGAAGCGUGGGUUCCUGGACAAGAUGAUGAUGAUGACUCUAAGGCUGCGGCGGAGGCGGUGGUGCUUUUCUUUGCGGGUCUUGAGCAGGGCUGCUUGAAGUUUGAGGGUGUGCAGCUUGUGGAUGGAUUGAUGACGCCGCCGCUUGAGGAGAUUUCCGCGUGA